UUUACAACAAUUAUGAACUGCCUAUAAAUUCAUCUCAAUUCUUGUAGCUUAAGCACCAUAUCUUGAUUAUCUAUUCUACUUACAUACAUCAUGACGCCAUCCUCAAAUUUCUUCUCAUUUAUGCACUUGCUUGUUUUGUUCUCUUUAUUUAAUCUUAUAGUCCUGGCUCCCUUCAAUUCCUCUGCGCAGACACUCUGUCAUGAUGAUGAGCAUUCUUCCUUGUUGCGGUUCAAGGAAAGUCUAGUCAUUAAUAAGUCUGCUUCUUCUGAUCCUUUAGCUUAUCCGAAAGUUGCAUCCUGGAAAGCAGAUGAAGACUGCUGCUCAUGGGACGGUGUCACCUGCAAUGAGGUUACUGGUCAUUUGAUCAAGCUUGACCUCAGUAGUAGCUGCCUCUACGGUUCUAUCAACUCUACCAGUACUCUCUUCCAACUUGCGCAUCUGGAAUGGCUCAGCCUGGCUGAUAAUGACUUCACUGGCUCUAAGAUCCCGUCCAAAAUCAUGAACCUUUCUAAGUUAUCAUAUCUGAACCUAUCUAUUUCUGGCUUCUCUGGUCAAAUACCGUCAGAGUUCCUAGGCCUCUCAAAGUUGGAGACCCUUGACACAUCAAUGAAUCUUAACUUGAAGCUCCAAGAGCCAGGUCUAAAGAGCCUAGUUGAGAAGUUAACUCACCUCAAAGUGCUAAUACUUUCCCAAGUCAACAUUUCUUCUUCAAUACCUGAUAUCUUGGCAAGUCUAUCUUCGUUGACCAAGUUAUCCCUCAGGGAUUGUGAAUUGCAAGGAGAGUUUCCAGCAAAGAUAUUCCAAUUACCCCACCUUCACUUUCUCAGUGUGCGGUACAAUCAAGGCCUCUUUGGGUACUUGCCAGAAUUUGAAAAGAGCAGUCCUCUUCAAUAUAUGAUACUAGCAGGCACAAGAUUCUCUGGUGAGGUUCCAUAUUCAAUUGGAAAUCUUAAUUCCUUAAUUGUCUUGGAUAUUCAAAAUUGCAAUUUUUCAGGAUCAAUUCCGUCUUCACUUGGUAAUCUUACCAAGAUCACUUAUCUUUACUUAUCUGGAAAUCAAUUUUCGGGCAAGUUGUCAACUCCGGUUGGAAAUCCAUCUUCUUUACAAGAACUGGACCUUUCGCAUAACACUUUUUCAAGCCAAGAUUCUCGUUCGUUGUCGUGGAUGGCUAAGUAUAGUAAACUUACUUAUUUAGGCCUUUCACAAGUCAACUUGUUUGGUGAAAUUCCCUCUUGGCUCAUGAACCUAACACAUCUUACUCAUUUAUAUAUGAGCCAGAAUGAAUUAAAGGGUCCUAUUCCAUAUUGGCUUAUGGACCUAAGCCAAUUAGAGGAGCUAUCAUUGUCAUCUAAUCGUUUGAUUGGCAAUAUCCCUUCUCAAAUUAGAAACCUAAUGCAACUGCAGGUUCUUGCACUUGGUUCAAAUAAAUUGCAAGGCGCAUUUCCUAUCGCUCUCUAUGACCUCGAGAAUCUUCUUGUGCUUGACCUCGCUUCGAAUAAUCUGAAUAGCACAGUAGAUAUGAACAUGCUUUUUUAUAAACUCAAAAGUUUAAAAUUUUUAAUUCUUUCCUCAAACAAUUUAUCGUUGCUCACCGAUACCAAAGUUCAUACAAAAUUUCCAAAACUUUCAGUUCUCCAAUUGCGGUCGUGCAACCUUAUUGAGUUCCCAAAUUUCUUGCAGAACCAAGAUCAAUUAGAGAUUCUAGACCUUUCCUCAAACAAGAUAGCUGGCCAAAUACCUGGAUGGUUUUUGAAUUUGAGUGUGGAAUUUUUGCUACGCUUGAACCUUUCCAACAAUCUUUUAACCGGCUUUGACCAACAUCCUCUUAGUUUUUCAUGGACUCGACUAGCAACUUUAUGCUUAAGUUUAAAUAAAUUUCAAGGACCACUCCCAGUUCCCCCACUGUCCACUAUGCGUUAUUUAGUUUCGUACAAUAAUCUGACAGGAGAAAUUCCACCAGCUUUAUGCAAUUUGAAUCAGUUGGAAACUCUCGAUCUAUCUCACAACAACUUAAGUGGCAAGCUUCCACAGUGUUCGGGAAAUUUCAGUCAUUUCCUACAACUACUAAAUCUGAAAAAUAACAACUUUAGUGGAGGUAUUCCUGAAAACUUUGUGAAUGGAGAAAACUUGUGGAUGAUUGAUUUAAGCCAAAAUCAAUUACAAGGGAAAAUUCCAAGAUCAUUGGCCAGUUGUACAAAGCUAGAAUUUCUUGAUCUUGGAAACAAUCAAAUCAAUGAUACUUUUCCAUCUUGGUUGGAAACACUUCCAAAUUUAAAGGUCCUUAUCUUACAAUCUAAUAGAUUAAGGGGCGCCAUAAAAGAGCCUGAAACAGACUCUGCUUUUCUGAAACUACGAAUCAUCGAUAUCUCCCAUAAUAGAUUUACAGGUCAUCUUCCAUCAAAAUACUUUCAAUCUUGGGAUGCCAUGAAAGUUGUCAAUAGAAGCUCACUAACAUAUAUGCAAGAUCCGAGGUCUAGUGAACUCAAUAUAGGUAUUGAUGAGAUGAUUAAUCUUUUACCAUCGAUUUACGAUUACUCAAUGCAAUUGAGUACCAAAGGCAUAGAGUUGGAGUACGGAAGGAUCUCAAAUCUCCUCACAGCCAUUAUUUUCUCGAGCAACAAAUUUGAAGGACAAAUUCCAGCAUCCAUUGCAAAUUUAAAAGGGCUUCAUUUUCUCGUUCUUUCGAACAAUAAUCUCAAAGGCUCCAUCCCACCAUCCAUGGCAAACCUAACAGUAUUGGAAUCGUUGGACCUUUCCAAUAACAAGCUCUCAGGACAGAUUCCUCAGCAACUGGAAGAUCUCACAUUCCUUUCAUACUUCAAUGUCUCAAAUAAUCAGCUCACAGGACGCAUACCACAAGGAAAACAAUUUGAUACAUUUGAGACUACAUCGUUUGAUGGGAACCCAGGAUUGUGUGGGAAGCAGAUAGCAAAACAAUGUGGAGAUUUUCCGCCUUCAAAGAAAGAGGAAGAUCCUGCAGGCUCGAAGUUUCCACUUGAAUUUGGCUGGAAAAUAGUUCUGACAGGGUUUGCUAGUGGGAUAAUAGCUGGAGUGGCUCUUGAGCAUGCUUUUUCUCCAAGGAUAAAGGUAUUGUUCAUGAAGAUUUUCGAGAGGAAGCUCAUGAAUACAUUCCGGAGAAAGAGAGCUCACAGAAGCACGAUGUUCUCAAGACGGUCAUGCCGAACAGUGAGUUUUCCGCUUAGGGUUGUGCCACGCAUCUCCAGAUUUCUCUUGUGUGUAUCUUGUUUAUGUUGUGAGGACAAGUUUUAUAUUUUAUGUAACCGACUCAUGUUUUCGAACAUUGUCAAAAACAUUUAUGUUCUUAUUUCCGGAUUUCAACUGUGUUCUAUUUCCAUGUAUUUUACUCUGUGUUUCCAGACUUUUUUUUAAGUUGCUAAUGACAUAUUGUUUUCAGAUUUCCAAUUACGCGUCUACUUUAUUUAUGUUUCUUAUGGGAAUAAAUAUUAUUGAUAUGUGGGUUUUAUUCAAAGAAAAACAGAUUUUCACAGGUUUUCCACACGGCACAUCUCGGUCACCCAAUUCUCUGGGAUAGGAAGGGUUGGGAUGAGUCGUGUCACUAUUGUUCAGCCUCAAGAAUCUUGAGCUACUGUCAUUGGGUAAUUGCUCUAGACUUGUGGCUUUCCCAGAAGAAGGGUUGCCCAAUUCCAGCCUGAAAUCUCUUCUAAUUUUUCUAUUUUACCGUCUGAAGUCUCUUCCCAAUUAUUUGUAUAAGUUUGCAUCGCCCUCAAAUUUGAAAGCACAAUAUGUAGCCGAUUGUGAAAGAUUUAUUCCUGUCUCUAAAUGGAGGCCGCAUGGACUCAAGCAUCUUAAAAAACAAAUCAUUUUCUGGGGAUGCCCAUGAACAGAACUUGAAGAUAAGUAAUGGGUUGCUUUGCCAGGGGAAUACUUUCUUACAACUAUAAAUGGAGGUGAAAUUUCAAAAUUCUCACGCUUAUUUGGAGAAUUUUGACAGUUCACCAAAUUCUCAAGCAUUUUGUUUUUGAAAAUAUAUUGAUUUUGAGUUGAUGAAGUUAUAAAUUUGACUUAGCUGAAUCCUGAAUGCCACUAUUUCUGCAACAAUAUUUAUACAAUCAGCUAAUAGAACAAAUAAUAAGUCUUUGUUUUUGUAACCAGCACUUUUAAUAUCACGUGGAGAGCAAACACAGCAACAUUGCUGCCACUAUAGAAACUCCAAUGUUGGCAAUAUUGGUUUUGUCACUUGAACUUGGUGCAAGAACAGGCAGAGCACCAGUAGGGCUAGACCUGAAGUCGAACUCAGUAUCAUCUGGAGUGGAGCCAUUGGCCACGGCAGGUAGCGGCGGGUCAACGAUAUCUGCUAUAUUCAGGGAUGGGCUUGGGGCGCUUAUCAGCGGCUGUACUGGUUCAGAUAUUAUACUAAGCAUAUCCCCUAUUGUAGCGGGUAAAAUUGUAUAAGGCAGAUCAGCUUUAAGGUCAGAACAUGGGCUUCCUGCAAUUUUUUAAAGUAAGUAUAGUGAAUAAAUAUUUGUUUCUUGGUUGCGAGUAAUCAUGAUUUUAUUCAAAACUCUGUUACAAUCGCGUCUACGCCCAUUCCUUCUACAUAAGUUGCGAGUUCUAUGACUUCAUGAAUCUUGAUUCUAACAAAAAUAAUCAAAACAAAAAACGUUACUUUACUUCCAUGUAUCGAAAACAGACUAUCUUUUCUUGAUUUAUUUCUUUGUUCUCAUCGAAAGAUCUGAGUUAUUAUUGUCAAGAUAAGAACUUGAAUGAACCGUGUUAUUAAUUCUUACCAGAGACCACAAUGAGGACGAGGUCUCCGGAGAAAUUCCCAGUGGAGAUUGUUCUUCAAUCCAAGCCUCCUUAUGAUAUGAUCAAGAAAUGAAAGUGGAGUCACAAGAUGCAUCUUCCAUUUGAGGCAGAAAGCAGCAAGAGCUCCAUUCUCUGAAUGGCUUUGGCCUCGAAAACUAUUUGACAACAGAGGGUUUUGCGUCACUAAGUAACACUCUUUUUUCUGAAGUGAAUGAAAAUAUGUAAUGAGGCUGGUUUGAGUUGGGGCCUUGGAGACCCGUUUCUCCAUGUGGGCAGCCAUUGAGCUCCUCAGGGUUUCAGUUUCAACCUGUGUUUGCUCAAAGCUGAACUUGAGCCUGCAUUUAUAUGCUCUAAUUUGGUUUUGUUUUUUUGUUUGUGUGUAAGCUUGGAAAGGGACUAAAUUUCUCAAGUUCUCAGAGAACGCUUGAA